AAUAACAACUGAGCCUCUCACUCCUCUGUCUCUCCCUCCUUCGAGCUCUACUUAGAACUCUCGUAGAGCUUUCGCCUUCUGCAGAUUCCAUCAUCGAGAGUUCAUAGUCGCUGUUGUCUUGAUAUGGCUCUUGCUAAAGAGAUAAUGGGCACUCCUCUGAUCUCCGAGAGAUCAUCCUUCGCCUCUUCGUCGCCCGUCUCGUACUUCUCCGUCAAGAAGCGCCAAACCCCGUUCUUGAUCAGUCCUUUUGACCGUAAGCCAGGAUUCAGGUUUCCGGCGAGGAGAUCGAGCGGCGGAGUUGUGGCGGCGAUCAGCGAGGAUCUCGUUAAAACGCUGCGUACCACCAACGACGGUGGGAGAGGUGACCGGAGCGAGGAGGAGGCGGUGAAGUUCAAGGUGAGAGCGGUCGUGACUGUGAGGAACAACAGGAAGGAAGAUUUCAAGAAGGCUUUGGUCAAACAUUUGGAUUGUUUGGCUGAUCGGAUGGGGAGAAAUGUCGUGUUGGAGCUCAUUAACACCGAACUCGAUCCAAAAACGAAUGAGGCGAAGAAGAGCAGAGAGGCAGUGUUGGAAGACUGGUCGAAGAAGUCGAGCACGAAGGCGGAGAGGGUCCACUACACGGCGGUUUUCACGGUGGAUGCAGCCUUCGGCACGCCGGGAGCCAUCACCGUCAUGAACAAACACCAGAAAGAGUUCUUCCUCGAGAGCAUCACCAUCGAAGGCUUCGCUUGUGGCCCUGUUCACUUCCCCUGCAAUUCCUGGGUCCAACCCCAAAAAAUCCAUCCGCAAAGGCGUAUCUUCUUCUCUAAUCAGCCGUAUCUUCCGAGAGAAACGCCAGCAAGCCUAAGAGCGUUGAGAGAGCAAGAACUCAAGAACUUAAGAGGAGAUGGCAAAGGAGAAAGGAAAUUGUCGGAAAGAAUCUAUGACUAUGAUGUCUACAAUGAUCUCGGAAAUCCCGACAAAGGACUCGAAUUUGUCCGCCCGACACUCGGCGGGGAAGUGCUUCCGUACCCUAGACGGUGCCGCACAGGCCGUCCUCCUACCGAUACCGAUAUGAAGGUGGAGAGUAGGGUGGAGAAGCCAUUGCCGAUGUAUGUUCCGAGCGAUGAACGGUUCGAAGAGACGAAAAAGGAAACGUUUGACGCCGGGAGAUUGAAGGCGGUGCUCCACAACCUUAUCCCGUCGCUAAAGGCGAGCAUAAUCGCCGAGGAUUUCGCCAGUUUCUCCGAAAUCGACAGCCUCUACAAAGAAGGCCUACUUGUCAAAUUAGGGUUCGAAGACGAUCUCUUGAAGAAGUUACCUUUGCCUAAGGUUGUGAACAAGCUUCAAGAAUCAAGUCAGGGCCUUUUAAGAUACGACACUCCCAAAAUUGUAUCAAAGGACAAAUUCGCGUGGCUUAGAGACGACGAGUUCGGUCGGCAGGCGAUCGCGGGGAUAAACCCGGUCAACAUAGAACGAGUCGAGAGAUUUCCACCGGUCAGCGAGCUGGACCCUCAAAUCUACGGUCCACAACAAUCCGCACUCACCCAUGAUCACAUCAUCGGCCAUAUUGACGGCAUGUCCGUACAACAAGCCGUCGAGGAGAACAGACUGUACAUGCUGGACUACCACGACAUCUACUUACCAUUUCUCGAUCGAAUCAACGCUCUAGAUGGUCGAAAAGCCUACGCCACACGUACCAUCUUCUUCUUGACCCGUGUUGGGACCUUGAAACCUAUAGCCAUAGAGCUAACCCUUCCCCCCUCCGGCUCGAGCCACCAGUCCAAGCGCGUGGUCCCCCCUGCCGUCGACGCUACAACCAACUGGACGUGGCAGCUAGCCAAGGCCCACGUAUGCUCGAACGACGCAGGUGUACACCAGCUGGUUAACCACUUCUUGCGAACACAUGCAUGUUUGGAGCCGUUUAUAUUGGCUGCACAUCGGCAGUUGAGUUCGAUGCAUCCGAUAUUUAAGUUAUUGGAUCCACACAUGAGAUAUAAUUUAGAGAUCAAUGCAUUGGCUCGACAAUCUUUGAUCAGUGUCGAUGGUGUGAUCGAGUCUUGUUUCACUCCCGGACCGUAUUGCAUGGAGAUCAGUGCUGCUGCAUAUAAGAACCGUUGGCGGUUUGACAUGGAGGGCCUCCCGGCCGACCUUGUCCGAAGGGGAAUAGCUGUUCCCGACCCGACACAACCGCAUGGCCUCAAGCUCCUAAUAGAGGACUACCCUUACGCCAACGACGGGCUCCUGAUCUGGUCGGCUAUCCAAAACUGGGUUCGAACCUACGUGGACCGUUACUACCCGGACCCAAGCGUAAUCAGAACCGACCACGAGCUCCAAUCCUGGUACGCCGAGUCAAUCAACGUCGGACACGCCGAUCUCGCCGCCGCAGAAUGGUGGCCGGAGCUCUCCACCGCCGAAGACCUCGUCUCCGUCAUAACCACCCUCAUCUGGCUCGCCUCCGCCCAACACGCCGCCCUCAACUUCGGGCAGUACCCGUAUGGAGGUUACGUCCCGAGUCGACCGCCAUUGAUGCGUCGACUCAUCCCCGACGAGUCGGAUCCCGAGUUUGCGAGUUUCAUGUCGGAUCCACACAAGUUCUUCCUGUCGGCGAUGCCGAGUCUUCUCCAGGCGACGAAGUUCAUGGCGGUGGUGGAUACUCUCUCGACGCAUUCGCCGGACGAGGAGUACAUCGGCGAGAGGAAGCAGCCGUCGACUUGGACCGGCGACGGCGAGAUGGUGGACGCGUUCUACGGGUUCGCGGCGGAGAUCGGACGGUUAGAAACGGAGAUCGAGAAGAGGAACAAUGAUCCUAACCGUCGAAAUCGGUGCGGGGCCGGGGUUUUGCCGUACGAGUUGCUGGCACCGAGUUCGGAACCCGGUGUGACGUGUCGAGGCGUGCCGAAUAGCGUCUCCAUUUAAGGAAACAAAUAUAAACAAAAUGUAUUAUACUUUACGUGCACUUUUGUAGUUUUGUGAUUUAGAAUGUGGAAAUAUAGAAUGCUCUGUGUAUAGGUUUUGUACAUGGGAUAGUGUAACUAUUUUUUGAAGGAGUUAAUAAAAAAUUCCUAAGUAUAUUGGCAUUGCA